AUGAGUUGGCCUGUGGGAACUCAGUGCGUGGCCAAAAAGAACCACAAGAAGCCUAAAUGUGGAGAGCUGCUAUAUUACAAAGGAGACCUCGUCACGAUCCUAAAUAAAACUACGACAGAAGGAAUUUACUUGGCCAAGCACAACAGCACAGGUGAAGAGGGUUUCAUUAACGCCACAGAAGUGAGGGAAAGAAAGGCCAUUCAAGUGAACUCCAGCCUCAGCCUCAUGCCUUGGUUUCAUGGGAGGAUCACGGGCUCAGAGGCUGUGCGGAAGCUGCAGCCUCCUGAGGAUGGGCUGUUCCUGGUGCGGGAAUCGAUCCGACACCCUGGAGACUACGUCCUCUGUGUCAGUGUCUCUGCAAAGGUCGUCCACUAUCAUGUCAUUUACCAGGACAACAAGCUGACCAUUGACAACAACCUUUUUUUCUACAAUCUCAUUGAUAUGGUUGAGUUUUACUCUCAGAACCAAGGAUUCAUUGCUACUAGAUUACUCAAGCCUAAAACAAAAACAGGAACUAAGUCUGCAGAACUAAAACUGUCCAAAACUGGCUGGCUUCUGGACAUAAAUAAACUUACUGUAAGGGAGAGAAUUGGAGAGGGCGAGUUUGGAGCUGUUUAUGUAGGAGACUACAUGGGACAGAAGGUGGCAGUAAAGAUCAUUAAAUGUGACGUGACAGCUCAGGCCUUUCUACGCGAGACCAUGGUCAUGACAAAACUCCAGCACAAAAACUUGGUUCGUCUGUUGGGCGUUAUCCUGGACAAAGGACUUCAUAUUGUGACUGAGAUCAUGGAAAAGGGAAAUCUGGUAAACCUGCUCAGAUCCAGAGGCCGUUCAGUUGUGAGCGUAGGCCAGCUGCUGCAGUUUGCUCUAGACGUGUGCGAGGGGAUGGAGUAUUUAGAGUCGUUGAAGCUGGUGCAUAGAGAUUUGGCCGCUCGAAAUGUCCUGGUUUCUGACAACAAUGUGGCCAAGGUCAGUGACUUUGGCCUGACUAAGGUGCACUCCAAGACUCCAGAUAACGCCAAGCUGCCCAUCAAAUGGACCGCCCCAGAAGCCCUCAUUAAACAGAACUUUUCCACCAAAUCAGAUGUUUGGAGUUAUGGUAUUCUUCUUUGGGAGAUUUUCUCAUAUGGUCGUCAGCCAUACCCAACGAUGAAUGUGACAGAAGUAAAGAAGAUGGUAGAAGAUGGUUAUCGCAUGGAGGCCCCUGAGGGCUGCCCCGCUGAGCUGUACUCUGUGAUGAGGGUGUGCUGGGAGCAGAACCCUCGCCGCCGACCCUCGUUCCACAAGCUAAGGCACAAAUUGGAGGAAGAGAUAAGUAAAAACAACACAAGUCCUGCAGCCUCCAUGAGAGGAGCACAAUGAAGGCGAUGAUCUUACUUGCUUAAUUAAGUUGUAAAAUUAUUUCACUGUAUAUUAUGUAGAGGCACAUUCACACAGUAAAGAAUGACAUAUUUGAAGUAAUUGGUUCAAUUUAUUUUUUAGUAUUCAGGAUAGUAACAUAUCAGUAUAAAUUAUUUGUUUCAACAGCUAUCCCUGGGUUUUUGUUAAUAUCACUUCUUCUGGUUUUGAAAGGACUUUUUGUGGACUUUUCACAUUCAAUAGACAUAAUAUUUAUUUUGUAAAUUGUUUAUGAAAUUACAAAGGAACUGAUGUAUUGUACCUUUUUAAUCAUAUAUAAAGAAUUGCACUCAACUUUAAUAUUUGGUGCAUAAACCCAUUUGGCAAGUUAGUUAUAUUCUUUUAAGAUUGCACAGGACAGAUUUUUCUUGACUUGGAUAUAGUGGACAGAGUUUAUUUUGUGUGGUAUAUAUGAAAUCAAAUCACAUAUUUAAGUAUUUCUACUUUUAUGAGCAGCAGGUUAUUGGGCUUAUGAACAACUGCAGUGUGUACAUGAUUUACUGUUUAACAUUAACAAUAAAAGGGUCGCUGUGUAACUAAAUAAGCAUAAUGUAAUCAAGUACUUCAACCCUCAACCCCU